UAGUUCAACACAUCAAUGAUCAUAACGUGGGAGAGGGGGUACCACGUACCCGACUUGGCAGGUUGUUUGUAAAGUUGUUUGUCCAUGUCCGUGUUCAAUGACACUCCUCAGCGCGCUUAGCGCUACUCCGAGUCCAUCGACGGUAUACCAGACUAGAACAGAUGCAUCAGGCUCUACUCAUUCCCGACGUCUUCCUUGAAAUAUUCGCGCAUGUGAAUCAAGUCUUGAACCCAUCGUCUACUGGGGAGAAAGUACUGGCUCGGAAAUCUAUUGCAGCCCUCGCAACGACAUGCAAAACGUUUCACGAGCCCGCAAUGGAUUUGCUGUGGUCCAAAGUAGAUCAGUUGGAACCAUUGCUAGGCUGCGUAGCGAGGCUACAUCCGCUGAUAUAUCAUGGCGGUUCAAGGUGGGACAGUACUUGGUCAAAGGGUGUCGAACCAUUAUCUGCCCAUGAAGUCCGUCAAUUUCUGCGUCACUCCGCACGCGUUCACUCAUUGAAUGUACAAUCCGAUCACUUUUUUCACCUUCUCUCAGUCGUCCCCAUCGAAAAGUGCGUCUUCUUGAGGUUGCGGUCGUUAACUUGGAGGCUUUCCACUGCCAAAUAUUUGGACCUAUUCCUGUCCCGCACGCUGCGCCGUUGUUCCCUGUUCACCAUCAAUCAAAAUCUUAAGAAUAUUGUGGCGCGUUGCGCUGCUUUGGAGGGCCUAUCCAUCAAAAAACUAAAUUUUGACGCGAGCACAGCAGAUGAGCUGUCCUUGCUGUCCGACAGUGUCCGUCUGUGCAAGCAGCUCGUGACUUUGUCUUGUCCCCCGCUCGACUGGGCAGCAUGGGAACAUCUCUCCGACCUUCCUAACCUAGUCAGGGUAGGAGUCCGUGACGUGCAGAUCUGCAGUGCCCCUGCUUGGUCGUUAGAACGCAAUGUCGCCAACCCUACGCAAUUCCUCAACAUCACAGCUCUCUCUUUGCAGGUUAACAGUGCUGGAUACAUUAUCACAGUCCUGCAACACUCACAAUUUUCUUCGCUGACGGAGCUCAAGAUAGAAACCGAUCUUCUGUCUUCGGAAGAGGCAGAACAACUCUUUUGUGCGCUGUCCAACUGCAAAGCAUGCCAGACCUUGCAACAACUUGAAAUCACCGUGAUUAGCGGAUCUCGACAUCAGGGCAGCUCUUUGACAGCCAUUCCACAUCUCCUUUGCUUCGCACAGCUCCAAACCCUGCGGCUUGUUUGCUGUUUUUCCUAUAUCUACCUCAACAACGACCUUCUCUUGGAAGCUAUGUCAAAUUGGCCGCACCUCCGCACUCUCGAAAUAGAAGGCUCAUGUCUUCAUCCUUCUACUGUUACAUUCUGUGGAUUGUUCACGGCGCUCCGUCUGUGUCCACACCUCCACACUUUGCGGGUGUUGAUUGAUCCUGUGAACAUCAAAGUUGGUCCUAACAAAAUACAACAUACCUCCCUAAAAACAGUGGAUUUUGACACCUUAUCCCCCAUAGUGAAUACUGCAGAUGUAGCUCGUAUCAUUUUCAAUGUGCUCCCUUGUGUUGACCAAGUUAAUCAGUUUACAAUGCACACAGAGGGGUGGGAUGAAGUCAACAGGCAUCUCAAAUCUUUGAAAGCUGCUGUGCUACAUUAG